GUGCAUUUAAUCGCUUCUUUGCCCUCAAAUUUGAGGGUUGCAGUCCUUGUUUGUUGAUCACAAAGAUGGUUCAUGAACUUCCAGCGUUUGAGAGAAUGACUCUGAGAGAGCGCGAGUUGCAUGACCAAGUCAUGAAUGAGACUGGACCGCUGUCGAUGAGUGACAUCCAAGCUGACGACGCAGACGCGCAGACGAUUGCUGAGGCGCUCAAAGUGAACACGACGGUGACCUGGCUCUCUCUGCGCUCGAAUCGGGUUGGGGCUGCUGGUGCGCAGGCGCUUGCUGAGGCACUCAAGGUGAACACGACAGUAACUCAGCUCUAUUUGGGCGACAAUCGGAUUGGCGAUGAUGGAGCAGGAGCGAUCGCUGCGGCGCUCACAGUGAACAUGACCGUAACUCGGCUCGAUAUGAGUAUCAACGAGAUUGGCGACGCUGGCGUUCAAGCGAUCGCUGAAGCGCUCAGAGUGAACACGACGGUGAUUGUGCUGCGGUUGUACGCAAAUCAGAUUCACGAUGUUGGGGCGCAGGCGCUGGCUGAGGCACUCAGCGUGAACAAGACAGUGACUCAGCUCUAUCUGCAACUAAAUCAGAUUGGCGACGUUGGAGCUCAAGCGAUUGCGGAGGCACUCAAGGUGAACACGGCAUUGACUGUGCCAAAUCUGGGUGGAAAUCGGAUUGGCGAUGCUGGUGCGCAGGCGAUUGCUGAGGCACUCAAAGUGAACGUAACGGUGACUGAGCUCUCUCUGCACACCAAUCAGAUUGGCGAUGCUGGAGCCCAAGCGAUUGCUGAAGCACUCAAAGUGAGCCCGACGCUGACUAAGCUCAAUCUGAAUGAGAAUCAGAUUGGCGACGCCGGCGCUCAGGCGAUUGCUCAAGCACUCAAAUUGAACCAGACGCUGACUACGCUCUAUUUGGUUCGGAAUCGGAUUGGCAAUGUUGGUGUGCAGCCGAUAGCCGAGGCGCUCCAAACGAACACGGUGCUGACUCAUCUCGAUCUGGGUGAGAAUCAGUUUGCCGAUGCUGGAGCGCAGGCGAUUGCUGAGGUUCUCAAAGUGAACAAGAGGCUGGCUUGGCUCAACUUGCCUGACAAUCAGAUUGGCGAUGUUGGAGCGGAGGCGAUUGCUGAGGCACUCAAAGUCAACACGACGCUGACGUAUCUCAAUCUACGAUCAAAUUGCAUUGGCAAUACUUUUGCUCGAGCGAUUGACGAGGCACACCAUGUCAACGGCCAGAGUACGGUUGACAUCGACAACCAGAUCAACCCGCGAGUGUUUUCCUUCCACCCACGGUUUGCAACGCCGGAAGAGCUUCGGACUGUGUUUCACUUACUCAUCGGUGGAUUGGAACUGAAGAAUCAAUCCGCAUCUCUGCCAGCACUGCCAGGCGAGCUUGCUGAGCGCAUUAUGGCUGAGGCCUAUUGCUGGCAAGGCGUGCAACGCACCAAACGAGAAGAUUUUGAUGACGAUACCUCCCUCCCUCUCAAAGUCACACUGCCUCAAGGCAUCGAUGGAAGUUCGAUCCGUGUGAAAGCCAUCCAAGUGCUCCGUGACAUGGAGCAUCUCGUUGAUCACGUCGUUGAUUUGAUUGUCCGAGACGAGCUAGGCGCUGUGCGAUACGAGUGCUCAGUGAAACCAACAGUCGUCGAUACGACCCUUGAGCUUGCAACGAUCAUGCCUGCGGCUCAUCCCAUCAUCCGACAAAUGCGCGAAGGUUGGGAAGUUCAAGUUCGUCCCAGUGUGACUUACUGGCACGUGCGAUUCGAGUCUCUUUAUGUCGGAUAUGUCUAACGACAACAAAGCCGUGACAGACCGGUGGGGUCAAGCCACGCUCCGAAGAAAUCUUUACGCUCAUGCUACUGCAAUCUGACGAUUCAUGUAAUACCGACAAACAAAGACAAGGGACAUUCUAACAAAGCACUCAAACCACC